AUAGCACAGUUUAUAGCGCUAUCUGGAAACGCUAACCGCAAACCACAGAGUAUGGAGUUGCCACUGUUGUCAGCAGUUUUAUCUAUGUUGUGAAAUUAUUCGUAGUUUUUCGUAAAUUUAUUUAAGCAUUCAAGAAUUUACUUUAAGAAUUUAUUUCAGGUGAAAGAUGCAUUUGCUAGGAAUUAUACAAUACAUAAUAUUGAUAUGAUAGCACAAUAAACAUAUUUUAAAAAUCGUUUCUUAUUUUUUUUUUACAAUUUUUAUUCACACGGAGCUGUCGUUAUUUAUCCGAGAAGACAAAUUCUGUAGCCCAGGUUAUUAAGUGCUAUUUAGACAUGAGCAUUAACAGUUGGUUACCACGUCUAUUAUGUUUUGGGCGGCUAUGCAUGAAAUCUACUACUGUAGUGCGAGGCUACGGCUCUGUUGCUGCAAAUCCAAUAAAUAAAGAUGAUGUGAAACCCAAGACUGGUAUAUUAAUGUUAAAUAUGGGUGGUCCUACUCAUAUCAAUCAGGUUCCUGAUUUUUUGUUUAGGAUAAUGACUGAUCGUGAUAUGAUGCAAUUGCCAAUUCAAAGUAUAUUAGGUCCUUGGAUAGCGAAACGUCGUACUCCAGACAUACAAAAAAAGUAUUCUGAGAUUGGUGGCGGAUCGCCAAUUUUACAAUGGACGAAUAAGCAGGGUGAGCUUUUAUGCAAAAAAUUGGAUAAAAUUUCGCCCGAAACUGCUCCACACAAAUAUUAUGUUGCCUUUCGUUAUGUAGAUCCUCUCACAGAAGAAACUCUUGAGAGGAUACGCAACGACGGAGUACAGCAUACUGUGCUUUUUUCUCAAUAUCCUCAAUAUAGUUGUUCGACUUCAGGUUCCAGUUUUAAUGCUAUAUACAAUUAUUACAAAACUAGAGAACCACCAAAUGGCAUGAAAUUAAGCGUGAUCGAUAGAUGGGCUACGCACCCGCUUCUUGUAAAAACAUUUGUCGAAAGGAUUAAAGAAGAACUUGCACAAUUUCCUAGCGAAAAAAGAAACGACGUGGUUAUUUUAUUUUCAGCUCAUUCCUUACCGUUGCAGGUUGUGAACAGAGGAGAUUCUUAUCCCGCGGAAGUUGGAGCCACAGUUGCAUUGGUAAUGCAGGAAUUAAAUAAUUGCAAUCCACAUAGCUUGGUAUGGCAAUCAAAGGUUGGACCAGCAGCAUGGCUAGGACCUUUUACUGAUGAAGCGUUAAAGGGUUAUGUGAAACAGGGCAAAAAAAAUUUUAUUCUGGUACCAAUUGCAUUUGUAAAUGAGCAUAUUGAAACCCUUCACGAAUUGGACAUAGAAUAUUGCCGAGAACUUGGGGAAGAACUUGGUAUCGAGAGAAUACGAAGAGCUGCCGCACCUAACGAUCAUCCUAUUUUCAUCGACGCUUUGACAGAUAUUGUUGCAUCUCAUCUUAGAUCGAAACAAUCUGUAAAUCCUAAAUUUUUGUUGCGGUGUCCUCAUUGCGUAAAUUUAAAUUGCGAUGCAAGCAAAAAAUGGUACGCUAAGGUGUGUAAAAGUUAAUGGUAUUUGCGACAAUAUAUGCGCGAAAUUAUAAUUGGAAAUAUUAUAUUUAAGUAUAAAUAAUUAUUAUUUAUAUCAAUUUAUUUAUAUAUAUCUAUUAUAUGUAAUGUUACCUAAUGGUUUAUCAAUAAUUGAGUGAAAAUGAACAGAUCUGGUGAAAUAUACAUGUAUAUUAUAUUUGUGGAAAUCGGGGUAAUAAUAUCGAAUAAAUUAUAA